UUUGAUAAUUCUCUGUAUUAUUCUUAAAAUAUUGUAUUCUUUGACCAAUAAUACAAUUAAAAUAAAUAAGUAUUGUUUAUACUAAAUUUAUUUAUAAUUGGCUUAUACAUUUUUUUAAUGAAUUUUUACAAUUAAGUUUCCUUGACAAUUAGAUGUAAAUGUUGAUUUUAUCGACAUUUCAGUUCACUUCGUUUUUUCCCGUGAAAAAUAAACUAUCGUCUUGUGUAAUUAUUAAGAUUUAUUUAAUUAGUUAUUGAUAUGGCAAGUGAAAAAAAUAUUUUUGGUCAAACAAAUGAAUCAAACUUACAUAAGGUCAUACGCAGAGUUGAAGAAAUAUGGAAUCGUCGUUUCAUGCAUUCCAAUUGUGUUUUAAAUAAUACAAAUAAAGGACAAAUAUCAAAAAAGUCAACUAAAGAUGGAAGAAUUAUCUCAAUUAUUAAUAAAAAUAUUUAUCCUAUAAAAAAUUCCAUUAUUCCAAAAGAACGCACGUAUCGAAAAACGAAUAAAAAUGAUAAAAUUAUUCCAGAAAAAUUGAAUAUGAUGCAGCAAAGAGAAUUCGGAACACUUUUUCAGAAUGAAAAAUCUGAAAAAUAUAAAAAUGAAAUUUUAAAUUCAACAGAAAAAAAAAAUAUAGCAAUUUCAAAAGACAAUCCGCUAUUAAUAUCAGCUGAUUUGUUAGAAAAGAGUUUUCAUAAGAAAAAUUUGGAACGCAAAAAAUCCGAAAUAAAAAAACAACUUUUUGAGAUAUCUUCUAAUACUACUGCUCGACCAAAUUUAAAAAGAAAUUCAUCCGAAGAAGAUGAAAAAGUCAUAAAAAAGCCAAAAGUUAGUUCUAAUCCUUUGACCUUAAAUACGCCGAAUGACGUAAAUUUACUUGCUCUGUCCACUAUUGAAGUAAUAAAAGUACCAGAGAAAGAAAAAGAAGUAAUGCAAGAUCAGAACACAAAAUCUCUUGAUCAGUAUAAUGCACCUUCAUUUAAAUCGCCCACAUCAUGGUAUACUUCAGACACAAUUAAUGAGUACAUUAAAAUGAUAGUAAAACGGUCAGAAGGUGAAGUUUAUGCAGUUGUCACUGAUUUUAUCAUAGCGUAUCUCCGAGGAGGUUAUCCAGCUAUAAGAAGAUGGAUAAAAAAAGAUAUUCACACAAUAAAAUUACUUUUUGUGCCCAUGAAUGUAUAUGAGAGUCAUUGGAUAUUGACAGUGGUUAAUAUACCUGAAAAGACUGUGACAUCAUAUGAUAGUCUUAAGUCGUAUGAGGGUCCAUAUCCAAUGGUAUUAAAAAAUUUCUUAAUUGAAUGGGAGAUGGACAAAAAAGGAAAAGUUUCUACAUGGACAUUACAAAUAGGUGAGACAUCUCGCCAAACCAAUGAACAUGAUUGUGGGCCAUUUACUGUUGAGCUGGCAGAAAAAAUGUCUCGAGGAGAUACAACACCAAUAAAUAAUAAAGGAAAUGAAAGUCAUUAG